AUGGUUCAGAGGCUUAUUUUUCCAGGAUUACCCUUCCCCCCAUCUCCUCUCCUUCCAGCCGUCGCCUUCACCGAGUUCACGUCGCCUUCACGUCGCAUUCCACAGCUUCGCCGGUUGUCUUCUCCACCGUCUCCGGUCACCUCCACCGUCUCCAUCGCCGGUCGCCUCCACCGUCUCCGUCUCCUCCGUCGCCGGUUGUCGCCUCCACCAUCUCUGCAUCUCCCUAUUGUUCCAAAAUUACCCUCUCUUCCAGCCGCUCUUCUUCACAUCGCAUCCCACGUAUCGCCUUCCCUCCAUCGUCGUUCGCCUGUCUCCGGUCGCCUCCCCUACAGCGAUAAUCCCACAGUCGCCUACUUCCCCUUCAUCUGCUUCCACGGUCGCCGUUCCCCUUCAUCUCCUCCGACGGUCGUCGUUCCCUCCAUCUCCUUUGACGGUCGUCGUUCGCUUAAGACACAGAGAAACCCACCUCGUAUUAAGCAAGUUUGGAGACCGAUUCAUCGCUCUCCGUUCGAUUUCACCGUUUCCAAAAUGGAUUCUUUCAGUUUGUCUGUGCCGGGAGCUUCAUGGUCUGAUGAUGAAUCUGAUACCAACCGAAAGGGAAGCGGGGUUUUCCUUCUGAAUUUGGAACUCAUUGAGAACGAUAACAAUCAAGAAGAGAAUUCCGUCUCAAUCGACAUCCUCCCUGAUGACAUUCACGAGAGAAUUCUAUCACGUCUCCCUUUAUCAGCGAUAUUCAAAGCGGCCUGCGUCUGUAAGAAAUGGAACCAAAUCGUCCACUCCAAGAAAUUCACCUUAACAGACGCAAAUUUCCUUUCGGAAAAAACCUGGUACUUCAUGUUCACUAGCUCAGCCGAACCCGUAGGUUAUCUUUACGAUUCCGGUCUACGAAAAUGGUACAACUUCGAGCUCCCAUUCCUGGUCCACCACACCUGGAAAAUCGCUCCCUCGUGUGGCCUCGUAAGCUUCAUGGACGACGAAACCUGUAAAAAGAUCCACAUUUGCAAUCCAAUCACUCGUGAAUACGAAACUCUAAAGAACCCACCGAGCCCAGGUUUCCCCGUGUAUAGCGCGUUAGCGUUCUCUGUUGACCAGUCAAACUCAAAAUACACAAUCUCCAUUGUUAGAGCCAUGCAAGCUUCAGAGGAUUUCUUAUCAUGGCUUGUUUCUAUUCACAUUUACAAUUCAAAGGAAAAGACAUGGUUACCCCCAGUCAUGGGAGGCAUGGAAGGAUGGAGACCAGGUGAUGUAAGCUUAAUAUGUGACAACAUCUUGUACAUCUUGGUGUUCUGCACAAGGCCAAAUGAAGUCCAAAACUUCCAUGGAUUGAUAACUUACAAUCUUGAAACCUUCAACCCCAUUGGAGUGUUGAAGGAGGAAUCUGUAAUUUCAGCACCCUGUGCUCUAACGUGUGGGAGGCUAAUGAAGGUUCAAAGACAGGUGGUUUUGGUGGGGGGGAUAGGGAGGGCAGAUAGACCAGGGGUAAUAAAGGGAAUUGGCAUAUGGGUGCUUAAUGGGAAAGAAUGGAAGGAAGUUACAAGAAUGCCACAGAAGUUUGUGCAGGGUUUUGGGGAGUUGGAUGAUGUAUUUGCAAGCAGUGGAGGUGGGGAUUUGAUAUACAUACAGAGUUAUGGUGGAACAGCUGUGCUUAUAUAUGAUAUGGAUACAAGACAGUGGUUUUGGUGUCAGAAAUGUCAGAUGCAUAAGAAGUUUCCUCUUGAGAUCUUUUCUGGAUUUUGUUUUGAACCCAGGUUACAGUUUAUGUAGGGGAAAGAUUGGUGUUUUCUUCUUAUUAUUACACAUGGUUUUCUGUUCCUUCUAUGGGAAACAUGUUGGUUUUCAUCUUAUUAAAAACACACAUUUUUGGAGAAAUUUUCAAACUGGAAUUUGUCUGCUGGGUCCUACUCCUACCAAGUAGAUGAUGGAUGGAUAGUGAGUG